AUGAGUGAGAAGAAUGAAAAAAAGUUUGAUAAAAUCCUUGAGAGUAUUAGAUAUCAUGAAAAUGAGAAUAUCCUUUUAGAAAAUUUGAAUUCUCUUGAAAAAAAUUUAAGUAGAGAAGACAAGACUGUAAUAAUAAAAGUGAUAGAUAUAUUUUUGGAUGUUAAUAAUUAUUCUUAUGAUGGUAAUUUUUUAUAUGAUUACAAUAAAUUAAAUAAAAGAAAAGAUAUUACAUUGACUGAGAAAAAGAAAAAAUCGGAUAUUUGUGAUCAAUUUAAAGUUUAUAUAAGAAAUAAGAAUGUAGAAAAUAUAAAUGAAGAGGAUAGUUAUUAUAUCAAGUUAAAGAAACAAAAUUUAUGUAGUUAUAAUAAAAGCCGUAUAAAUUGUAAAAGAGUAUUAUUUGAAUACAUAUGUAAACAUGUAUUGAAUAAAUCUAUACAUAUAAAUUUUUUGGUAGAUAAAAUAUAUGCUGAUUUUAUGAUGAAACAAAAUAAGGACAUCAGUCAAAAUGAUAAAAUAAAUAAUAUGAAAAAUAAUAAUAAUAAUAAUUAUGAUAAUACUUAUCGAGGAGGUGACGUCUUCAAUUCUGAUAUUUAUAAAAAGCAUAUUAUAUGUAAUGAAGACCUAAUAAAUAUUUUAAUCAACACAAUAUUUCAAUUAUUUUAUGAAAAUAUAUGUAAUAAUGAUGAUAUAUAUAAGAACAACAACAACAACAAAAGCAAGAAUGACAAUGAUAAUAAUAAUAAUAAUAAUAAUAAUUGUGAUCAUAAUAAUUUAUCCUGUUCUCAAAAUAAUAUACAUAAAAGUUAUCUCUUAUAUUCAAAAGAUAAAAACACUGUUGAAGAAAAUAAAAAUAUGAACAAUUACACCGAAACUAAGUAUGAACAUGCCUUCUAUUUAAAUUUGUUGAAAAAAAUAAUAAUUAUGAAUAAGUGUUUUGUGAAAAAUAUUUUUUCAAUUUUUUUAAAAAAUAUGGAGAAUAUUAAAUUGAAAAAUAUAGAACAAAAGAAAGCAAUAACAAAAGAGACAUUAAUAAUAUUUAAAGAAAUUAUUAUUUAUGUUAAUGAAUAUGAAAUAAGUACUAUAUAUAAUAUAUUUUUAAACAAUAGUGCUGUUCGUACAAACAAGUAUUUGUAUAAUUAUAUAAUUAUACUUUCAUUUAUAAAUCUUAGACAUAUAUACAACAUAUAUAAUUUGGAGGUAUGUAUAGAUUUUUUAUUAAACAGCAUUUUUUUAUAUAAUGAUAAGAUGAUAAAUAAUAUUAUAGGGAUGGAUAAAAAAGCUAUUGAUGGUGAUGAAAAUUUUAUGUAUUUAUUAGAAAAAGUAGAGGACGAUGGAGAUAACAACAACAACAACAAUAAUAAUAAUAAUAAUAAUAUUAAUAGUAAUAGUAAUAAUAAUAGUAAUAAUAAUAAUAAUAAUAAUAAUAAUAUUAAUAGUAAUAGUAAUAAUAUGUGUUGUUCAUUUAAUAAUGUUCUUUAUAGUUGUGAUGCUCAUAAAAUGACGUUCAAUAAUACCGACAAUUCAUUAAGAUACCAACAAAAGUUACAAAACAAAUAUCAUAAUUUUAUUUUUUUGGAUUACAUAAAUGAAGAUGAUAAUAAUAAAAAAAAUAUAAUUUUAUUUUUAUUUGUUAUUUCUUUAAAAAUAUAUGAUAUAAGUCAUGUUAACGGAUGUAUAGAUAAACUUCUUAAAAACUUUUUAUUUUUAUUGAAGAAAUAUAAAUAUGUAUUUAUGCUUAAUGUACAUCAUAUUAUAAAGACAAUGGUUUUUUUAUUUGUAUUAAUUUUUUACAACGUACAUGUUGAUAAUAAUAAUACAAUCCUUCAUAUUUUAAAAUGUUUAGAUUUAUUAUUAGAGAUUUAUUAUAACAGGAGUAGUUUGGAUUUAGCAAAUGGAAAAGAUGAAAUUAGUGAGUGCAAAGAAAGUACCUUGCUUGUUCAGGCAAAAAAAAAUAAUAAAAUUGGGGAGAAUAAAAAUAAUCAAAUAUUUGUUAAUAAUGAUGAUGAUAAUAAUAAUGAUAAUUAUGAAGAUGUAAGAGUGUUAUAUUCCAAACGUGUUGAACAUUUUAAUAUAUUUGAAUUUAAUGUAUCACCUGUUUUAUUAUUUUUAAUUUUGCCCAUAAAUUUACAAUAUAAUAAUGUUCAAAAAGAGGAGGGUUUAAGAAAGGAUACGACGAAUUUCAAGAUUAUUAAGCUAGCCAAACGAUUGAAAGAUAAAUGGGUGAUAUUCUUUAAGAAUUAUAAUAACAACUUGUUUAAAUUUUUGAGAAAAAAGGAAGGGCUUAUCAGCCGUGGUAAAAUAAAAAAAGUGAUUGAUAAUGAUAAUAAUAAAAAUAAUAAUAAUAAUAAUAAUAAUAAUAAUAAUUACAAUAAUAAUAAUAAUAAUUACAAUAAUAAUAAUAAUAAUAAUAAUAAUAAUAAUUACAAUAAUAAUAAUUACAAUAAUAAUAAUAAUCAGAGUCAUUAUAUCAAACACGAAAGGAAUGAUUAUUAUAAUUUAUUUUGUCACUCUCAUGACGAAGAUAGUGUUAAUGAGGAGGUAAACAUAUUUGAUAAUAUUAAAAAAGAAAUAAAAUAUUUACUUAUGCAUGUGGAUAAUUUUUGUGAGAAUGAUUUGUUGAAUUUUUUAUGUGUUAAUAAUAUAUUAUUUUAUAUAUAUGAAAUAUAUAACAAUGUUGAUAUAAUAUAUUUGAUUCGCUUUUUUUCUUUAUGUGAUUAUUAUAAAUAUAAUUUUGAAUAUAUUAAUAUUAAGAAGGUUCUAUAUCAUAUGAAUAUAUUAUUAAAUAUACAUACCCAUAUAUGUGUUAACACUUUUGAAAAUAUGAAAAAUGAAUAUAUAUCAAGAUGUAAUUUUAUAUAUAUUAAUGUCUUAUUAUUGUCUUUAUUUGAGUAUAAUUUAUUUUUUGUUUUUAAAUUUAUUUCAUAUUAUUGCUUAAUAAAUUCUUGUGCCUUGUUACCAUUUUUGCCAUGCUUAUUGUAUGUGUAUAAUAUAUCUUAUGAAAAUUAUUAUAUUGAUAAUAAAGACUUGAAGCUGAAAAAGAUUAGUGACGAAUAUAAUGGUACAUCGUAUAAUAAAAAUAAUAAGGAGGCAGUUGUGAAUAUGGGUUAUUAUGGUGUCCUCAGAAGUUUAAUACUGGACGUGAUAUCAAAAAUUGGUUGUAGUAAUAAUAAUGUUCCCAUUAUAUAUAAUUGUUUUUGUUUUUUGUUGAACGAUAAGCAGGAUAAAAAAAGUGCCCAUGAUAAAGCAUGUGGAAAUGAUAAAGCAUGUGGAAAUGAUAAAGCAUGCGGAAAUGAUGAUGGUGAUGAUUAUGAUAAUUAUGAUAAUUAUGAUGAUGAUUCAAAUAACAGUUGUUUUAAUAAAGAUAGACAUAAAAAAGAUACUCCCUUUUUAGCCUUUAACAAAUUAUAUCUAUUAUAUUGUUAUGAUAAAUUAUUAGAUUAUAAUGAUAAUAUUAUGAGCAAAUAUUUUAAGUACAUAGAAAAUGAGCUGGUGGAAAAUCUUGAAAAGGAUAAUAAAGAAAGUGAGAAAAAAGGCUUGAAGAAAAGAAAAGAAAUAAAUGAAAUAUCGCGAGAUAUUAAAGAAGACAAAUCAGAGGAUUAUAUAUAUGAAGAUAUGAACAUAUUAUUUGAUUUAAAAAAUGUGUUAAUAUUAUUAAAAUUAAGUCGGUUUUAUAAUGUAGGAAUAUAUAUAAAUAUCAUAGUAAAAUUAAUAAAUUUAUAUUUUAAAAAAUAUAAGAAGAAAAUUUUAUAUAAUAAUUUUUAUAAUAAAAUACAAAAUAGUGUUAUAAAAACAUGUAUAUAUAUUUUAUUAAUAUUGUCUUUGAAGAAAUAUGUUGAAUUUGAAAUAAUAUAUAAUUUAUUAAAAAAAAACUUUUUAAAGACAUAUGAGAAUGAUUUUUGUAUGUUUAAUUUGGAUAUUAUUUGUUCCAUAAUUAUAUUUAGUAGAUAUUAUAUUAAUAAUUUAAUUUAUAAAGAGGACAAAUUAUGUAAUGAACAAUAUGAUAUACUAUAUCAUACAAAAAUAAAAUAUAUAUUUAAAGAUUUUACAAAAUUAUUAUUAUUAAAUAAUCAUUAUAUUAUAGAAGAAAUAGUAAAUGUUGUAUCAUCUAUUUAUUCAGUAUAUAAUAAUUGUAUGACCUGUGGAGAAAAUGAAUAUAUAAAUAAUGAUGAUAAUAGAACCAAUUUAAUAAAUAAUAAUAAUAAUAAUAAUAGUAAUACGUUGGAGGAGGAUAUAGAUAUAAAAAAUGAAAAAAAAAAGGAUUAUAAAAUAUAUGAUUUAUCUGUAUAUGAAAAAAAAGAAAUAAUUCAAUUAUAUUUUGAUAAAUCUUAUAUAUUUGUAUCAUUUUUAAAAAAUAAUAACAUACCUAAUAAUAUAUAUGAAAAUUUACAAAAAAUGGUUUUAAAAAAUGAAAUACAAAAUAUGUCUUUUUAUAAUUUACGAAAUCAACAUGAAAUAAAAAGUAAUUAUUUGAUUAGGGUAUUAUAUAAAUUUUUUAAUACCAAUAUGAAAAAAGAUAAAAAUUCGAAUUUCAAAUUUUUCUUUAAAUUAUUAUUUACAGAAAAAUUUCAGAAUAUUGAGGAAAUAAUAAUGUUAUUUAAAAAUUUGUAUUUUUUUAACAUUCAUUUGAUAUCUUUAUUUUUUUAUAUCCUUGAUUGUUUUUUUCAAAAGUUGAAAAAGAAAAUGAUGAGUAAUGAGAUUUUUAUAGUACAUGUAGAAAAUAUAAAUCACAAAUUCAGUACUUACUCUGAUAAUACAAAUGUUUGUGAUGAUAAGAGAGAAAAAAAUAAUGAUAAUAUAAAUGUGGGUGGUAGUAACAACUUUGAUGAGUAUGAAGGAAAUAGUUUAUAUAAUAAUAUACAUAGAAACGAUGAUAAUAGGAAUAAAACAACGAAAUCGUUAUAUAAUAAUAAUAAUAAUAAUAAUAGUAGUAGUAGUUGUAAUAAUAAAAAGAAUAGAAAAGUGUGUUAUGAAAAUGUGUUCAAUAAAAUAUAUGAAGAAAUAAAUAGAAGAUUAAAAGAGGAAAAUUUUAAUAUUUAUGUAUUUUAUCCAAUAUUAAGCAUAUUAUGUAAAUAUAAUAAUGAUAUUAAUAAAACGUUAUCCUUUUUUUAUGAUAUUAUUAAUACGUAUAUAAAAGAUUGUAAUAAUAAAUUAUCGAUUAAUACAAACGAAAUCGUUCUUAUUUUGCUUUGCUUAAAUUAUAUGCACGUGAACAUUUCUUCUAUUCCAAAUUUUUAUACCUAUUUAAUAAAAUUAUACAACAAAAUCGAUGAGAGAUAUAUAAAGAACGUGCUUUUGUAUUGUUUAUGUUCAUGUCUUUAUUAUACAGAUAUGCUAGACCGUGAUAUUGUGAACAUUUUGGUUAUGCAUUUCGAGCAUUUAAUGUGUAUAUUUAAAUGUAAGGAACAAAAUAAUAAUAAAGUAGAUUUAGAAAAUAUAGAAUCUAUGUCCAAUUGUGUGAAUAAAAAAAGUGAAAUUUUUUUUGUACAAGAAGGUGAAGUCUCUUGUAAUACAAAAAAGGUUGAUGAUGAAGAUAAUUUUUAUUUUUAUAUAUCCUUAAAUAAUCUUACUUUUUAUAUAUACAAGCAUUAUAAUAAUAAUAACCAUAAAUUUGAUGAUUUGUUAAUAAAGAUAUAUGCGAUUAUAAGAAAUGAUUUGACAAAAGGUGUGAAUGAUAUAGUUGUAUGUAUAACAAACAUGAUGAUAUAUUUGUAUAUAAGGAAAUUAUUGAAUAUAAAUGAUUUAUUGAAUAUGGUAGAAAUAAUUGUGAACAAUAUAAAGGAUAAUAAUAUUUUGUAUGAUUCGAAGUAUAUAAUAUAUGGAUUGUGUUGUAUUUAUGAAUUUUUAGCAUAUUAUUAUAAAAAAAAUUAUGAUUGUUUUGUUUAUGAGGAGAAGUAUAUAAUAGAUGAUAGCUCAAGAAAUAAAUAUAAAUAUAACGAUACAUAUAAUGAAAAAUAUGGUGAUAAUGAUGAUAGUAGUAGUAGUAAUAUUUGUGUGAAGGUGAGAAUACAACGGUUGAGUACAUGCGUUAAAAAGUUGAUUGUCAAAUAUUUUCAAGAGUCAGGAGAUAAAAAUAUUAGUAUACUUUCUUAUUUGAAUAUAAUAGGUAUAAAAAAAAAUAUAUGUAAAAAUAUAUGUGGAGAUUAUUUUAAUAGAAAUGAAUAUUGUAACAUGAUAAUAUUGUUUAUAAAUAAAUUUAUAAAAAACGAUUUUGAAAUAAAACGACAAGCAAAUAAAAAUAAUAUUAUAUUAGCUGAUGAAGAUGUAGAUAGUGGAAAUGAUAAAAAGUAUGAUGGUAUAAAAAAUGGGAAGAAAAAUUAUGGAAACAUAAAUAUAUGUAAUGAUGAUGAUUAUGAUGAUGAGAAAUUAUUUUUUUAUAGUGAAAAUAAUUAUAAAAUAAAUAAUGAUAUUAUAAUGAAUGAUCAUAAUAUUAUCCUGGUGUUUGUUUUUAUUUUUUGUUAUAAAUAUUAUAAUACUUUUAAUGAUUUACAAAUUAAUAUAGAAAAUUUAGAUAAAUCUAAAAUGAUGUAUUUACUUUUUAGUUAUAUAUUAAACGUGGAGAAUUAUUUAAAGAGAUUUUUGAAGACAUGCGGGGUGUUGGAUAUUGAUGAGUACAUGAUGUAUGGGAGAGUUGAAUGUGACGAUAUAAGAGAUAAGUUAUUUGUAAGAAAAAAUACGAUGGACGAACAUAAUAAUGAUGAUGAUAAUAAAAACAAUUUUGAUAAUUAUAACAACAAUAUUGAUAAUUAUAACAACAAUAUUGAUAAUUAUAACAACAAUAUUGAUAAUUAUAACAACAAUAUUGAUAAUUAUAACAACAAUAUUGAUAAUUAUAACAACAAUUUUGAUAAUUAUAACAACAAUUUUAAUAGUACUAAUUAUUGUAAAGCCUUUUGUGGUUUAUCCUAUAUGAACUUUUUUAGUGAUGAUUUAUUUAUUUAUCUAAGAAAUUUUUUGAAAAGCAUGAAAUUAAUCAAUUUUAUAAAAUUCGAUGUCAACAUAAAAAAUAAUAUUAUGAACAUAUACUCAUAUAUUAUGAAAUUAAUACGAUUGUACUAUAUAAUAUUCGAUGUUAUAUUAUUAGAAAUGAGAGAUGAUACAAGUAACAAAUUAAGAAAAUAUUAUAAGAUAUAUAAAGAAUAUAUUAAAAAUAUUCAAAUAUUAUAUGAAUGUCGAGUUAUAAUAUUUGAAUAUUUUUCACUUUACUCACAUCAUAAUAAUUCUUAUAGUAAUAUUUUUUGUAAUUUUAGUAAUUAUUUUUAUACCUUUAGUACAUACGAAAAAUAUAUGUACAUAAAAUGUAUAUGUAAUAUGAAGAAAAUUAAAAAAGAAGAAAUAAAAUUCUUAUUUCUAAACAUAAUGAAAAGUUUAGGUCCUUUCCAUGUAAAUAGUUCUUUGUGGAUAUAUGCUAUAUCUAUAUUGAAGAUAUUAUUAAAAAGAAUAUACAAAAUUGUAAAGGUAGGAAAGACAUCAGCAAAGAAAAAAAAAUUAAACAUAACAAACAAUAUUUGUAAUAAUAACAGUGUGAUUCAUAACAAACGUGCUGAUAAUAAUAUUAUGAUGAAUGAAGUUGGAUGUUCUAAGGGUGGUGUAGAUAAUCAUAUGAAAAAUGAUGAUGAAGAAAAUUUCUAUGAUUUAUAUGAAUAUAUAAAAUAUGCGUUUAUUACCAUAUUCAAUGAAGCCAUUUUAAGUAUAUAUAAAGAACAUUAUUAUAAUCAUUAUACAAAUGACGAUUUAUUAAAUGAUGAACAGGUGGUAGAUGAUGAUAUGUAUAAAGAUAAAUGUAACAACCCUUUGUAUAAUAAUAAUAAUAAUAUAAAAGAGAAAAAAGGAAAUUCUGCUGUUUCUAGUAAUUACAAAAUACGUUAUGUUGAUUUUCCUUUACAUAUAUUGAUGUGUAUAGCUGAUUAUUUGUUGUUUAUUUUUAAAAUAAUUAUAAUAGAAAAGUUUGAUGAAAAAAUGAAUAUAUAUGAAAUGUUGAAAAACUUGCCUGCAUUAAUUCAAGGUUAUGUUAUAUUAAAUUUAAAAGAAUCCUUUAAAAAAUUAAAUUUUAUAAGAAAUAAAAUAUUAUUUUAUAUAAGCGAUUAUAAAUUUAAUUUUAUGGAAGGGUUAAAAGAUUUUUAUGAGGUUUGUGAAAAAAAAAAAAAUGAAGAGCAACAUAAAUUAUUAACAAUAAGAUUUGACUAUAAAAAAAUGAGAGAAUAUAUGAGAAAUAUUUUUAUGAUAAGAGAGUGUGUAUGUUUAUCAUAUAUAUUUAGUUUAUUUUAUGAUAAAUAUAAGAUAUUGGAUAGCUUGUUAUGUAUGUAUAAUAUGAAUGAUAUAAAUAAGGAAUAUUUAUAUAUUUUAAUUACUUCUUUUAUUUUAUUUUCCUUGAGAAGUAUGAAUACAUCUUUUUUUUUGAAGAAUGUUCUUUAUGGUAUAGAGGGCAUGAAUGAUAUGAUAGAUAAUAUGAUUAACUAUGUGAACAUGAAUGGUGUUGGUGAUGGUGUUGGUGAUGGUGAUGAUGAUGGUGAUGGUGAUGAUGAUGGUGAUGGUGAUGAUGAUGGUGAUGAUGAUGGUGAUGGUGAUGAUGAUGGUGAUGGUGAUGAUGAUGGUGAUGGUGAUGAUGAUAAUGAUGGUGACAAUAAUGAUGACAAUAAUGAUGAUAAUAAUGAUGACAAUAAUGAUGACAAUAAUGAUGACAAUAAUGAUGAUAAUUAUAAUGUAAUGACAUAUGAUAAGGAAAAAAAAAAAAAAGAAAAAAAGAGAAAAGAGCAAAAUUACAUUUUUAUGUUUAAGGAACAAAACAAAUCAUCAUAUAAAGGUGUUGAUACAUAUAUGUAUGAAGAUAUUUAUAAUUAUGAAAAAAAAAAUUUUAUUAUAGAUGAAGAAUUUGUAAGAACAAAAAUGAGGAAUUCAUUUCAAAGAUACAAAAACAAAUUAUAUAAAGAAUCAAAUUUGUUAAAAGAGAAAUUUUUAAGUAGUACAGAUAACUUUUUUUUAAAAAAAUUAGGAAUAUAUUUUUUGAUAAAAAGGAAUGAGAAAAGAGGUUUUCUAUGUCGAAAGUAUAAUAAGAUAGUUUCAUGUUUUCAUGUAAAUUAUAAAAGAAAUAAUUUAUUUAUAAAAAAUUUUGAUAUGUGUAUAAAUAACAGAAAUGUAAUACGAUAUGUGGAUAAUCCUGAUAUAAUAAAUAACUCCUAUUUAAAUAAUAGUUUUUUUAAUAAAAAUAAUACAGAAAAUUAUUCUGUAUCAUUUGAACAUGAGACAUUCUCUAAAUACCUUAGUGUUCCUUUAUUUAUGAAGGAUAUAUUUACCUUCUUCACUCUGAAUUUAAAUAAAAAUAUAAUAGUUAAUAAUUAUAAGCAGUUAUUUCAAAAACAAACAGUAAAAAAGAAAAAUAAUACUACUACGAAUAAUAAUAAUAAUAAUAAUAAUAAUAAUAAUAAUAAUAAUAAUAAUAAAAAUAAUAAUAAUAAUAAUUAUGAUGGUGAUAAGAAAAAUGUCGAGGAAAAGAACAAGGGUACUGAGAAUUAUCCAGACACUAAUAUAAAUAAUAAAGACCUUAAAAAUGAUAAUCUAAAAAUAAAUAAUUUGAAUACAUCAUCUUUAUAUUUUUCAACAGAUAGUUCAGAUUCUUCUAGGCAUGAUAAUAAUAUAAAUGUUGAAGAGAAUAUUUUCCGUACUAAGCAAAAGAAGAAAAGAAAACUUUUAUUAUAUGAUUAUAAUAUAAUAAAUUAUUUAAAUAAUAGAAAUUAUUGUCUAAACAAUUAUGAAUUGUAUAUAGCGAAUAUAUGUUUUAUGGACAAAAAUAUGAAAAAUAAGAUUUUCUCAAAUAAAAAAAUAAAAAAUAUCACCAAGAAAUUUAUUCUUCAUAAAAAUUGUUCAUGUUAUCAUGAGAUAUAUGAUCAAUUUUAUUUAUUACAAUCACUUUUUAAAAAUUUCACAUUGUUUUUCUUAAUGUUUUCAAAAAAUUAUGUCGUCAAUAAUUCUAUCUUUUUCAUUCCUGAUGAUAAAUAUUUUGUUAUCCACAAGGUUAUAAAUGUUUUAUACGAACAUUACCAACAAAAGUAUAAGCACAAAAAUUAA